AUGGCAGCGUGUACACCCCAAAUACUACCAGCUCCCAAUUUACAGGGGGAAGACGAUCUUUUGUACGACAAUGAAAUGUUAUUGGAGGAGGAUGACGCUGAUGAAGACAUGAUCAGCGAACAAGAUGUCUCCAACAGUGAUGAAGAUAUGGUCUGUGAUGAUGUCGUUUCCUUCAAAACCAGUGAAGAAGAUGAAGACAUGGUCAGCGAAUAUGUCCACAACAGCGAUGAAGAUAUGAUCAGCGACGAAGAAUACAUCGACACCAGCAAGAAGGAUGAUAAGAAGAAAGUGGAUAAGAAGCCUCUUCGCAUGCCACAGAUAGCCUUGAUUACAGCUAGGAAUCGUCACAAGCCCUCCCUGACAACAAAACCACCCACUACAAGUACCCCGCCAUUCGCACCCCAACAAGAGGGCAAGCAAAUGAUGCACACCACAGUGCAAAUGGCAUCCAGCGACUCCCUCACAUUGAUCGGUAUAUUGAAGAACAAGGAAAGCGUGCAUCGAUCAUGUUUCUUGGGCUUCUUUUGUGGCGGUGGUUACAACUACAAGGAAAAGCAAGCCAUUGUACAGCGUUCCACCGAGUUUCAUUGGUUAAGCCGCUUCAUCAAAGCAUUCAAAUGCACAAGCGUGGAUCUCAACUUCCAUGCGUACCCAACUGGAAAUCAUGCAAAGGACAUUGGCGAUUACGGUGCUGUUAUGGUCAUGUUUUCAUCACGUGAAUUGAGCGAGCAAUUGGAGUCAAUGGGUUGUUCGUUAUCCAAAGGGACGACCGAUGCUUACCUUCUCGCUCAAAUUUACCUCGCCGACUUGCCGAAUCGGGGGGUCCAUCUCAUCCUCUUUAUCCUGGCGUAUUAUGCAGCCAAUGGGUGUUUGCUUUAUGGACCUGAACAAUUGCUACUUGGAGGAGUCAAUCUAGUAGCCAAAGACAAGACAAUCCUUACGUGGAUGCAGACCGAAUUGGCAACACUGAAUAUCAUGUCCAACAUUGUCGGCCAAGAGACUGAUCCAGUUUACAACCUCACCAUUGGAAAGAAGGAGCUGAUGCGAAACAAGGCCCUAUUUCUCUCUGCAAUGGACUACAUUCGUAUGGCUCAAAUCCCAUUGCACCACAAGCUUGUUGAUCUCGAGACCUUGCUGACGACUGGGAUGACUCCAUAUGGUGACACUCCUGCAGCAACUAACGUCCCAUUCUAUGACUAUUUGGGCGUGGAUGGAUUGGCAGACCCACUUACAAGGGUGAUUGGACAGGAUACGUGUGUAAUGCGAUUGGCAGCGUUGAAUCAGUUCCUAUUGGGUCUUGGUAUGGCAUCGGUGAAGGACACCCGCGAAUGUCGCCCCAUCGAGAUAGCAGCCCAUUUACGAUCCAUGGACCCCACAAAGAAUGACUUAGCCAAAAAGUAUCAUGACAUGUGCAUGAAGAGGAUUCGUGAGACGAUGCCCAACAAUGUUGUCAAUGGAACGGAGGGGUUCCAUCCCUGUGACCUGUGCCCGAAAUCAUACCCUACACGCGACAUGUUGACAGCACACAAAGUGGAGGAUCACGAGGAGAAGGGUGAGAGGGAGUGCAAGUGCGAUCAGUGUGGCAUGGUGUUAUCAACAAGAACUACGUUGCGAUUACACAAAUUCAACCUUCAUCCUUAUGAACAAACUUGUGGAUCGUGUAAUGCAACCUUCGAGAACUUCCACGCUUACUACGCCCAUAAGGUCUUCAUGCAUCAAUAUGAAUGGAAGGAUUGUGAUGCCACCUUUUACAGCCAACAGCUGGAACCUAUCCAUGAUCAACGUAUGGACGAAGAUGAAAAGCAACAACACCAUUCACCUCAUCCAGGUUGUGAAGCAUCGUUUGGCAAUCGUACAAACCCGGAUCUUUCGGAUGUUUUGGUCGACGAGGAGGCUUCAAGCAAAGACUUGCAAGAGCUUGUGGAUCAAUUGGUUAGCGGCGGUUCGAAAAGCGGGAAAAGAUCAGCAACAGCAGCCGGGUUGUCAUCUCCUACCAAUGCUGUCAAGAAGAAAAUUGGCGCCAUGGAUCAACUCCUGACACGGUCUCAUGCUGGUGCUGAUAACAUACCAAGGAUUGUAUUCUCCAAUGUACCGGUGCAUGACCAGCUUGUAUUUGUUGAGUUGAUCAAGAACUCCCCAUUGCAUGCCACCGUAAUUCUUGACAAAUCCAACAUCGAGGAAGCAACGCACGUGAUCAGCUAUGUCGGGGAUCCAUCAACAAUGCGUACGCCAUCAUACCUUUACGCCAUCAACGAUAGCAGGAUGCACAUUAUGAGCGCCAAAUGGGUUGCUGAUAGCAUCACCAAUUGCAAGUGGAUGGAUGAAGAAUACUACAAGGUAGCAAUACCACGCAAAGAUGUUUUACAAGGCAUCCAAUUGACCUUUAUUGGUAAUCCGUACCCUUUACGGCAUGCGAUUGAGCGAGCAUCAAAGGUUUCUGGAGCGCACAUCUUAGGCCAAAACCUGGCACCGCAUGAUGGAAUGGACACAUCCAAGAUAACCCAAGACUUGACGAGCAACAACAUUGAUCCCAACAUUCCCAUUUGUAUUGUCACUGACGAGGAGGCGUUUGUCCAGGAGUCCAAAAAUGUCCAAGUUCGCACGAUCAAGUGGCUGAUUGAAGUUCUUGCUCAUCAACGGGAGAUCAUUAGAGUUUGA